UUUUCAAUCGGUCCGCUUUAGCGGUUGUGCAAAUAUUAGCAGUGUAGCCAACAGUAGUCCGUUAGUAUUUUCCAAGUAGUGUCUAUUAUUUUGUUUACACCUAAGUUACCACAUUUGUACUCAAAAUUUCUAAGACUAUAUUUGGGUAAUACAUCUGUCUUAAGAUCAGUUUUCCUCAUGGUCUGACCCAGAGUUUGAACUAAAUUCCUUACUAACAUGGAUGACAGCAAACAGACCUGCUCUCCCGAGGGACCUGCAGACCCCUCUCUCGUGACAGAAGAUGGUAAAAAUGUGAAAACAGUGUUGUGCCAGAGAUGUGGCUCCAAAGUGCUCUGCCCAGGCAUGGCACUGUUUGCAGAAAAGGAGCUUUUUCUGCCUGCAAUGAGAAAGAAGACCUCCAUUGGUCAAUCAGACGGGACGUUGGAUGGGGACACAUUGACAGCUCACUGGCUGGUUGAUGACAUGUACACAUUUGAGAAUGUGGGCUUUACAAAAGAUGUAGGCAAAGUGAAAUACCUUAUAUGUGCAGAUUGUGAGAUCGGACCCAUUGGUUGGCAUUGCCUGGAUGACAAGAAGAGCUUCUAUGUGGCAUUGGACAGGGUGAACCACGAAUAGAGCACGUACUGAAGUCACUGUUUGGAAAAUGCUAUGGUAUUCGACUACGUAACACAAAUGCCUUUCAUAUUUUGUUCAGAUAACUGUGGUUGGUUUUUAUAUAUUGUUUUUGUGAUGUUUUCAUUCUCACCAAACUGUAUGCUUGCAUGUACUACUGCCCCUGUCUAUCUCCAGUCUGCCAAAAAGAAAUGGAGACAAUCCUUUUAAACAUUCCUUAACACAAGUCCUUUCCAUCCUUCUUAUCUCUCCAUGCGUAAUACAUGAAGUCACUUUUGUGUAUGAAAAGCUUAAGAAGAACAGUCCUUGUCAUGUAACAAUAAUUGAUCAAUUCACCCUUUCAGCAUACACUUGCGAUAUUAUCUGAAACAAGUAAAUAAAAUAAAACUCUAAAUUGUUCUGA